GACAUGACCAUGUUCAAGAUUGUUGGAAAUGACUACACCUACAUCUACAAUGUGUCUUGGGAGGAUCCUCGUAUCGACCAUACCGUGCUCAAGUGCACCAAGGACGAUCACGUGAUCACCAUCGCAUCUGCAGGGUGCAACGCCUUCGACUACCUCAUCGAGGGUGCUCGGGUUACGGCGGUGGACUUCAACGGAGCUCAGAUUGCAUUGACGGAGGCCAAGGCGGCAUGCUGCCAGCACAUCGAGUUCGAGGAGUUCUUCCAGAUCUUUGCAAAGAACGACAUUGAUCUGUUCCGCCGCAAGUACUUCGAGGUGAUCCGCUCUCACCUGAGCAUGCCCUCCCAGAGGUUCUGGGACAGCCACAUCAAGAGCCUCAAGUCCGUCCUCUACUCGGGAACCUCCGGGUUCUUGGCCUGGUUGAUCUGCCGCGUGAUCUUCCGGUUCUUGGGCCUCGGUUUCAUCCGACGCACUGUAGUUGAGGAGCAGAGCUUGGAUGCCUUGCAGUCUGAGUGCAAGAAACAUCAGAGACGCCUCAAGGUGUUCUGCUGGGUGGUGGACAAGCUGAUCUCCAACCUGGGAGGUGCCAUGCUUGCUGGCGUGCCUUCCCGACAGCUCGAGCUCGGCCUUCACCGCACGGACAACUUCCAGACUGUGUUCAAGAGGAUCUGCUCGACGGACCUUGUCCAUGACAACUACUUCUACUACGGCUACAUCGCUGGAGAGUACUCGGAGACAUGCUGCCCUCAGUACCUCAAGAGGGACAACUUCUACAAGCUCCGUGAGGCCCUCAACGCCGGUCGCCUCUCGCUCUUUGAGGGAACCCUCGUUGAUGUCUGCAAGAAGGCUGUGUACACCGUUGCGUCCCUCCUCGACCACAUGGACUGGAUGCCUCCUUUCAUGAUCAACGAGGAGAUGUACUGGCUGCAGCAGCGGAUGGACCCGAAGCGCGGCAGAGUGUUCUGGCGCUCCUUCUCUGAGGGUGUCCACUCCGCCCCCCUCGUUUGGUUGAAGCCGAUGAAGGUCGACGACACCGGCGAUCGCGUCGCCAUGUACUGGAGCACCUGGAUGGCCAAGAUGGAUGGUUCAAUCCGCUUCGACCUCCGCACUCGCAACUGGCCGACCACCCAGACCAAACCUCAAGGGUUCUUCUCCCAGCUCUCCACCGGGAUCAAGAUCGUCACGUUCCCCUUGAUGAAGGGCAUGAUUGCUCGCAGGGUUGCGCAGAAGCACAACAUCGCCGAGCACGCGUCCAAGAUGGAGGCCUUCUAUGAGUCCCAGAAGGACGAGUACGAUGCCUUCCGUGAGAACUUCCUUCAUGCCAGGUCGUGGCUGGCGGACUGCAUCCCCCUUAAGGAGCAGAAGAUGGUCUGGAUCGACGUGGGCGGCGGCACCGGACGUAACCUCGAGUUCUUCUCCGUCAAGACCAUCCGCGAGAGGUUCUCCAAGAUCUACGUCGUCGACGUCUCUCUCUCCCUCCUCGAAGUCGCUCAGCGCCGCGUGGAGGCCGCGGGUCUCAAGGACAUCGUGGAGUGCGUGUUCUGCGACUUCACUGACAAGAAGAUGGUAGCGGAGAAGCUUCCUCUGCACGGCAAGUGCGACCUCGUGACCUUCUCCUACUCGCUCUCCAUGAUCCCAGACAAAGUCGGAGCCCUCGACACGGCUGCGGAGCUGCUCAAGCCCAAGGGCGAGGGCAUCUUGGGAGUCGCUGACUUCUACUAUGGCGGCGGACGUCGGGCAUCGCGCGGGAAGGGAGACAAGGACGGCAUCACCAACAUCCUCACCAGGAUCUACUGCGAGGCCACCAGGCUGUGGUUCAAGCAGGACGGAGUCAUCCUCCUCAAGCAGGAUGUCUUCGACGCUAUGCGCUUCAAGUUCGACUUCGAUGCGGUGCCGGAUGAGAAGUUCCGCCGCCGCGUCCCCCUCCUCCCGAUCUUGCGACCAUGGCACGGCGUGGUAAUGGCGCCGACAAGGUAAACGACAACACAACAACAUUCAAACUUGCUUAUUCUAUUGAGACACAUCUAUGAUGCACCAUAUUUGAUUUGCUUGAUCUUUUAGUUUCAUUGAAUUUUGCUGUC